AGCACGGACCAAGUACCUGUUUCCUCCUGCUGUGCUGUAUCUGAGGACUUUGAAUUGCUGUGUUAUAUCUGAGGACUCUGUAGUGAAUUGGGGCAUCCACAAGCCGGAGAACAUCAUUAGCUGCCAACAACUACAACUUACACCACAGUAUUUUAAGGCAACCUGGGAAGUGGAGAGGAUUUACUCGAGGUUGCUGCAUUACAGUGGCUCAGCAGCUGAAUCAUGAGUACUCUGGCCAUCCAUAUGUUAGUUGUAGGUCAGACUUUAAGUCACUCCAGGAACCACGGAGUGUAUUUACUGGGGAAGUAUGGGCAGAAGAAAAUCAGAGAAAUCCAAGAACGAGAAGCAGCUGAAUACAUCGCCCAAGCGCGAAGGCAGUAUCAUUUUGAAAGUAAUCAGAGGACAUGCAAUAUGACAGUGCUGUCAAUGCUUCCAACAUUGAGGGAUGCCUUAAUGCAUCAGUUAAAUUCUGAGAGUCUCACAUCGCUACUGAAAAAUAGGCCAGCAAACAAGUUAGAAAUAUGGGAGGAUUUAAAGAUAAUAAGUUUCACAAGAAGCAUUGUAGCUGUAUAUAGUACCUGUAUGCUAGUAGUUCUUUUGCGAGUCCAAUUAAAUAUUAUUGGCGGUUACAUCUACCUAGAUAAUGCUGCAGUCUGCAAGAAUGGCACAACACCACUAGCUCCCCCUGAAGUCCAGCAGCAGUAUUUGUCAAGUAUUCAGCACCUUUUAGGAGAUGGACUGACUGAGUUAAUAACUGUUGUUAAACAAGCUGUACAUAAAGUUUUUGGAAGUGUUUCCCUUAAGCAUACCUUGUCUCUUUUGGAGCUGGAACAGAAACUUAAAGAUAUCAGGAAAGUAGUGGAAUAUAAAGAUUCAGAUAAGAUUGCAUCUUACUCUCCCCUGUGUCAUUACCUGAUGCCAGAUGAAGAAAACCCCUUGGCUAGCCAGGCCUGUGGACUCACAGAAAAAGACACUGCUACAAUUAAAUUACUUAAUGAAACUAGAGAUAUGCUAGAAAGUCCAGAUUUUGGUACAGUUCUAAGCACAUGUUUAAACAGAGGAUUCAGUCGAUUGCUGGACAAUAUGGCCGAGUUUUUUAGACCUACUGAACAGGACCUCUGUCGGACUGGCUCUGUAAAUAGUCUUUCCAGUGUCAGUCUUCCUUUAGCCAAGAUAAUUCCGAUAAUAAAUGGACAGAUCCAUUCAGUAUGCAGUGAAACUCCCAGUCACUUUGUUCAGGACCUGUUGAUGAUGGAACAAGUGAAAGAUUUUGCUGCUAAUGUGUAUGAAGCUUUUAGUACCCCUCAGCAACUAGAGAAAUGAACUGCACGUUAACAGGAAUAGAUCAUGUAUUUAUAACAUCUCUUGUGACUACUGAUGAGAUUUGGGUUAAUUUUAUAAUGGUGUAGGAGCGGUAGACUAGCAGAGGGAACAUACACACUGGAAAAGUUGGGAGUGAGCCCACAUUUGUUCUAUCUAAUGGAAUUCUACGUAAAACACCCAUUUAAAGUACUCUUACUGAAAGAAUCCCCGUAUGUAAAGACUUUUCUAUUAAAAAGUGGCUAAAUUCUUCCUUUAUUUAUGAUUAUUUUUAUUUGAUUCAAAAGGUAUGUAUCUUGUGACUAUUACAACAGUAGUUGUUUUAAAAAAAAAAUUGCCUGAGAUGGGGUAAGUUUUGAAAAAAAA